AUAUGGGUGAAUCUGCCUAGUAGUUGAGUGGAUAGGGUGACAGUGGCUAGGGUUAAGGCUGGGUACGUGGCAACUAGGAUCGUCAAUGAUCGAGCGAGACUGGCGGUCUCGCGACGUGCUGGAGGGGCCCGCUCCAGGAGUGUUGGAGAAUGGGGGUAGCGAGAACGAACGUUGCACUCGUGGGGAAGACGAGCGCCCUCCGGGAACGUGUGUUGUGCAUCGGGAAGAGGAAACUCAACGCUGGCAGUCUCGCAAAGUGUUGGAGACCGGGGGUAGCGAGUGUGAACGUCAUGCUUCGGAGGGUGCGUCCGUGGACACUGACAGCGAGAGUGCAGGAGCUCCGGGGGAAACGCAUGCUGUACARCRGGGAGAGGRGACUCGACACGGGCCGGCUCGUGAAGACGUGAAGUGGCUCCACGCACGAGCGCUGGUGAUCGGGACGUCCGAAGAGGUUCUGCACAGUCGCUCGGCUGUGGCCACAACGCGAGAGGGUGUCGUUAAGGGAGGUAAGUGGACGUCCGUGCAAGCUCCCGUUCUUGGCCACGAUGAAAACGAAGAAAAACCCGUGGUGGAAGCUCGGGUUCAUGGCGAUGAGAAAGGAGGAGAACCCGUGGUGGAAGGCGGUGAGGUGACUGUCGACAUCCGGACGGAUCCACAGCGGAAAGAUGGUGAUUCUUCGCCCACAAGUUGCGGUGAAGAACAGGGUGGUCUAGCAUCUGUCUUGAGCACCGCUCGGGGAAUGGUGCUUCAUGAAGCCAUAGAGUUGGGUGACGACUCGGCAGCCACCGAGCUGGUUAGCGACUCAGGCAUGGCCGAGAUGCAGAACGUCGAAUCCUCCGUGGAAGGCGGUGAGGUGGCCGUCAGCAUCAAGAUGGAUCUAGAGCGGAAAGAUCAUGAUUCUCUGUCCACCCGUUGCGGUGCCGAACAGGGUGAUCGAGCAUCUGUCCUCAGUACCGGUCGGGAAAUGGUGCUUCAUGAACCCAUCGACUUGCCAAGUGACUCAGCUGCCACCGAGCUGGUUAGCGACACAGCCGUGGCCGAGGUCCAGAACCUCGAAUCGUCUGUGGACGUUGGCGCAGUGGCGCGACAGGAGGGCGAGUUCCCUCAAAGGCUCCUGAGCACGGUAAGAUUUGUGAAUAGGACCACUCGCAUAUCUGUCACUGGCCAGCUCUAUGUUCGUCCAAAUUGAUGUCAUGGGCUAAUGUACCUGUUACCACUAG